AUGAUUGCUUCAGAUCAUAAACCUCUCGUGAUCAGCAUUGGGGCAAAGAGGCCGCGAGGUCGUCAGUCUUUUAUGUUUGAUCGUCGCUGGGUAGGUAAGGCUGGUUUAAUGGAUGCGAUCUCAUCGUGUUGGUGUGGAGAUCCGGAGCAGGAUUUUGCAGGGAAAAUUAUUAGUUGUAGGCGGGAGAUUUCUCGAUGGCGUAAAACGCAGGUUCUGUAUGGUCGGGAGUUGAUUGAGGAUCUUAAAAGGCAAUUGGAGAUGGCACAAGCUGAUGUUUUGGCCACUCCAGAGGUUGUCUCGGACCUCAAUGGCCACCUGAAAGAGGCUUAUCGGGAUGAGGAGUCUACUGAGGAUGUUGCUAUUUGCGAUACGGCGGUAACAUACUUCGAGGAUCUGUUUUCCUCGAUAUGUCCGGUUAAUUUUGAGGAAGCUCUACGGGAAGUCAACAUGGUUAUUACAGAGGCGGAUAAUGCCCGUUUGAUGGCCCCUGCCACAGAGGCAGAGUUUUUUGAGGAGGGUGUUUUUGACAAACGGUUAAAUCAAACGCAUAUUUGCCUUGUCCCAAAGGUGGCAAAACCGACCCAGUUGGCAGAGUUACGUCCUAUCAGUUUGUGCAAAGUGGGAUACAAGAUCUUGUCAAAAGUUUUGUGUAACCGGCUUAAGGUGAUAUUAACUGGCCUAAUCUCGGAAACUCAAUCAGCGUUUGUACCUGGACGUUUGAUCUCGGACAACAUCCUCAUAGCUCACGAGAUGUUUCAUGAGUUGCGAACUAAUAAUUCAUGUAAAGGGAAUUUUAUGGCUAUUAAGACGGAUAUGAGUAAGGCGUAUGAUAAAGUUGAGUGGGAUUUCGUGGCGGCGUUACUGCGGAAGAUGGGGUUUGCGGAGACAUGGAUUUCAUGGAUUCUGUUUUGUGUCUCCUCGGUGGAGUACAAGGUCCUCAUUAACGGACAAACUAAUAUUCAGAUUGUCCAAGGUAGGGGCCUACGGCAGGGUGAUCCGUUAUCCCCUUACUUGUUUAUUUUAUGUACCGAGGUUCUGAUUGCAAAUAUUCAGAAGGCGGAGGUGGAUAAGCGGAUUACAGGCAUAAAGGUGGCACACAAGUGCCCGCCAAUAACACAUUUGUUGUUUGCGGAUCAUAGUCUCUUCUUUUGUAAGGCGGAUAAGGAAGAAUGUGGUGUGGUUUUGGAUAUCCUCAGGCAAUAUGAGGGUGUUUCGGGGCAACAGAUAAAUUUUACGAAAUCUUCGAUUCAGUUUGGUCACACUGUGGAUGACCGGGUCCGGUCGGAGAUACAAGGGGUCCUUGGAGUAACAAAUCUGGGUGGUAUGGGGUCGUACUUAGGGAUUCCGGAGAGUUUAAGAGGGUCAAAAACGAAGCUUACUAGUGCAGUGGCGAAGUUUUGGUGGAGUUCUAAUGGUCAGUCUGGGAGUAUGCAUUGGAUCGCCUGGGAGAAGCUUUGUUGUAGCAAGCAGAUGAGUGGUCUGGGUUUCAGGAAUGUUGAUGAUUUUAACACGGCUUUGUUGGCUAAACAAUUAUGGCGACUGAUUGAGGUUCCGGACUCUUUGUUCGCCAGGGUUUUCAAAGGUAGAUAUUACCGGAAUUUCAUUCCUAUGGAUUCGAUACGGUCCUACUCUCCUUCCUAUGGAUGGCGGAGUAUCGUAUCUGCUCGAUCUUUGGUUAACAAAGGGCUAAUUAAACGGGUUGGCUCAGGAGACACCAUUUCUAUAUGGAAUGAUCCCUGGGUUCCAGCUCAAAUUCCAAGACCAGCUUUAAGUAACGAUUCGUUUAAGGACCCAACUCUUCGUUUGACUCAGUUCAUGGAUCCUCAGACGAAUACUUGGCAUCGAGAUCGGCUCAUUGAGCAUUUCGACCCUAUGUAUGUUGCCUUGAUAGAGGCUAUUCCCUUCAGUAAUCUCCCGAUGGCAGACUCCUUAGGGUGGCACUUUACAAAAUCUGGUAAAUAUACGGUUAAGUUAGGGUAUGAAACGGCACAUAUGGGUAUUCCUAAUACUUUCCAGGCUCUUGGGUGUGGCCCAGAGAUUACCCCUCUUCUUGCUCGGAUUUGGCGGGUUCAGUGUCCACCAAAAAUUAAACAUUUCAUGUGGCAAGUGUUAACGGGUAGUAUUUUGGUGUCUGUUAAUUUGAGACGACGGGGCAUAGAUUGUGAUGUCGGAUGCAUGAGGUGUGGGGCGGAUGUGGAGACCGUUAAUCAUGCUAUUUUUGUGUGUCCGCCAGCCCGUCAGGCAUGGGCUUUGGCCAAUGUACAUGUGGGGUUCCAACACUUUCCGACAGAAUCUAUUUAUGCUAAUGUGGAUCAUUUUCUGGGUCCUAUGAAUUCGGAUUCCCAAAUAGAGGUUUUCCCUUGGCUAAUGUGGUAUAUCUGGAAAGCGCGGAAUGCAUGUGUGUUUGAGAAUCAAACAGAACGCCCGGAUGACAUUGUGCAAGUAGCGCAAGGGGAAGCGUCCUCUUGGCUCCAAGCACAGGUGGAAGACGAGGGUGAGGAUGCUAUCCCCUCCUCUGUAGUUCCUACCUCUCGGUUACAAGGGGGUAGUUAUCCCCUUUUACUGGUUUACUCCGAUUAUCGAUGCUUUGUAGAUGGCUCUUGGAAAGAGACCGAUGCUUUUGCAGGUGCAGGAUGGUUUUGUACUUCUAUGCAAGGAUCGUCACCUUUUCUAGGCGCUAACAAUUAUCGGCGUAGUCUAUCCCCGUUACAUGCAGAAGUGGAAGCUUUCAGCUGGGCGAUGCGGUGUAUGAUUGGCCACGACUUUCGAGAUGUGGUUUUCUUUACGGACAGCUUGGAUCUGGUGAAGAUGGUGUCUUUCCCUCAUGACUGGCCGACCUUUGCAACAUAUUUGGAUGGAAUCAAGACGGAUCGAGAGAAGUUUUCUUCUUUUUCUUUAUGUCAUAUUCCUCGUAAUGCAAAUGUUAAAGCGGAUUCUUUGAAACAAAAAUAA